GAUGAUGGAUUAUGAUGAUCGUGUGUCCGUUGGGUCAAAUAUGUAUUUACCUAACUGCACAUACUAUGUUUCCGGAACGGACUUUUCCAGCCUGCCUCCUUUUCUACCCCAGACCCCGUCUUCUUGCCCUAUGACAUAUUCGUACUCGUCGUCCAGUUUACCCCAAGUUCAGUCCGUCAGAGAGGUAGCUUUCAGAGACUAUGCUAUUGACCCGUCCAGCAAGUGGCACCACAGGGCAAAUCUGCCCCACUGCUACGUUCCAGAAGACAUUGUGCACAGGGACUGUCUGCCCAACCCGGGCACUUUGGGGGACAUGUUCUCGAAAAACAACUCGGCUGUUUACCACACGGGCUCGGGUCACACUCCCGGCGUGUAUGGCAGCGUGGGGAGGAAUGGUGUUUUGCCUCAAGCCUUUGAUCAGUUUUUUGAAACGGCAUACGGGAACCUGAAUAACCAAAACAGCGAGCAGGCAGCGAGCAGAUAUAGCAGCAGUAAAGCUCCUCAAGCAGCAGCAGCAGCAGCAGCUACAGCAGCCUUGGGAUCGGGAGCCGAGCCAUGCCGGGACACCGAGGAGACAGACCGCCGAGAGGAAACCAGCAGCCCCGAAUCGUCUUCCGGCAAUAACGAAGAGAAAUACCCUAGCUCUAAUGGACAAAAAACUCGCAAAAAGAGAUGCCCCUACUCCAAAUAUCAAAUCAGGGAACUGGAAAGAGAAUUUUUCUUUAGCGUUUACAUAAACAAAGAGAAGCGGCUUCAGCUCUCCAGGAUGCUUAACCUCACCGACCGUCAAGUCAAAAUCUGGUUUCAGAACAGAAGAAUGAAGGAAAAGAAGUUGAACAGAGAUCGUUUACAGUACUAUUCAGCAAACCCCUUGCUGUAG